AUGCUUAGCAUCGUCGUCGUUCGCCGCACCACGAGAAGGAGAACGACCAUUCCGUUUUUACCAUCUGCACUGGUCACCUCACGACGUUUUUUAGAUUAUUGGGCCUUUGGGGUGACCGGGCGUACCCAAUACUUCGCCCAGGGCGACAUGCUGCCGCGCCUGGACAAUACCCGCAAGGCGAUCAACAAAUCCACCGCCGCGGCGGCUACCCUGACCGGGAACCCAAGCGGUAUCGCAUACGAUAGUACGAACAUUUUUAGCGCUAUUGGAUACAGCCAGCUUGAAAAAGAGCAUUACCAACCUUUACGAGGAAUUAGUACACACAAAAUGGACACCACCUUGCGGGAGAAAGAGGGCCAUACCGUCGCGGCGCUGAUGCGGGAGCUGAAAGCGGCUAGUGGAAUAGAAUCCCUGGAGUACCUAUGGUGGGACCGCUUGCUGAAAGACUUCCCCUCGCUUGCCAAGCCGUGUACACCCGAUUUUAAGACGUCCUGGGAAGAAUUUUAUCUAAAGGCGUCUGAGGUAGUCUACGAUAAUGCUGCGGUGAAUCUCCUUGCAGUGCCGUUUGUACGGAAGCAGAUGCAGGUGAACUACAUCUCCUACCCCCUGAUUUGGCGGAUCGCGGAGCGGCUUGGAAAUGCUCUCGAGAGCUCCCCCAUCGCCUCGCGUUAUGAAAAACGCAUAUCAGUACGAGUUGUCGAACAUAUCACAAAACUGAUGUUGGACACCAUCGCCAAUGAGCCAUGGGCUCACCAGGACACUACCAGCCCUCUACACGUGGACGUCACGAGUCUUCGGGCUUGGCAUGAAGCUGGGUUUUGGUAG